CUCGCAAUUCCGUCAACGGAGGACUCGGGCUACGACGAACACCUCGAUUGCCCGGCCGUGUGCACCAUACCACAACAAGACAGCCGCGUCGUCAAACCGGAAACAUGGACAUUACAAACCCCCGUCGUAUCCUAGCGGUCUCGCUGGCCGACUCUACUCACCACCUCAGCCGCGUCAUCAGAGACUUGACCGGCUCUACCCCGGAACCCGCAACAGGAGAAGUAGUAGCAGUAGCAGAAGAAGCAGAAGCAGAGGCAGAGGCUGCAACGGCGUCCCUCGCCGGCACCACACACAACCUCGCCCUGUCGACGCCAUACUACACGGCCCAGGUGCCCAUCUGGCUCGACGUCGUCGCCGCCCCAGCCGACUGGGCCGCGUCGUUCCUCUCACCCGAGGCGCGCGAGGUGCUCGCCGUGCUGGGCGGCGUAGUCGUCGUUUUCGGCCUCCCGUCGUCCUCCCCACCGUCGUCGUCGUCGUCCGAGUCGGCUGCCCAGACCAAGGAGCUGAUCGCCCACGUCGGUCGCGUCGUGCGCGAGGGCCUCGGCGGGUGGGACUGGGAUGGCGUCUCCCUCGGCAUCGGCGUCGGCGACCUCGACGACGGCGACCUCGACGCGCUGGAUGAGUGGGAGGACUGCUGCACCGAGUGGGGGCUGGAGUUUGUCCACGCCCGCGCCACUCCCGCUGCGACUCCUGCUGUUCCUGCUGGCGGCGGAGCUAGCGGCCAGCGCAACGAGUUCGGCGAGAAGAUGGGCAUCCCCCGCGUGCUUGAGGCGCUGCAGGUGAACGACUGGUCCGGCGCAGAUUCUUUCGGCGACGAUGACGGCGAGGAGGAUUAUGCGGAAGCCAAAAUCUUGUCAAAAGGAAAGAGCGGAGACAAGCUUUCAGCAGGGCGACGCGAAGACACAGACGAGGACGACGAGUCCGACCCGGACAAGCUAGACUUUGGCUUUGACCGGGAGGACUUUGUGGGGCUGAGGAAGGCCAUACUAGCUGGAGGCGGGGAUGGGGACAGCGGGGACGAUGAGGCACUGGUGAUACCAGAAACUAGCAGCGGGGGUGCGGCGGUGGAGAAAGCUUCGCCAACAGACGUCAAAGACGAGGGCAAAGAGGGGGACGGGGACGAGAAGUUAGGAGACGAGGACGUCCAGAAGCUGGAGCGCAUGAUGCGAAAGCUGCAGGCCGUGAGAGGCAUGAGUGCCGGUAUGCCGGAGGAGCAGCGCAAGCGCAUGGCGAAGAAGGCAGUGACCGAGGUAAUGAAGGAGCUGUGAUGAAUAUACUACUGCUUUCCGCCGGGUACUGGCUUUUUUUUCGUGACCAACUUCAAUCUAAGUACCCAAAAUUAGGUGGCCAGAAGCCGCAUGACACGUGUUUGCGGUACGCUAAGCUGCCAUCUACCCAUUUUCGACCCUACCCAGGAGAAAAUUCAAAGUCUUUGCAUAAAGCAGAUUUAGUUAC